CCCUCAGCUGGCUUGGAAGCUGUUAUUGUUGAUGCAAAAAGGUUAGUGGAACAGCUGGUUGCUCUCUGGCGUCAGGCCACCAGGAUGGAAGAACUGCAGUCCCACCCCAGCGUGGCUUUCCUAAAUGUGGCUCCAAACUAUGUCCCCCACACCAAGGUGGAAUGUCACUACAACCUUCCCCCGGGUAUGAAACCUUCGGCUAGAGACUGGAUCGGGAUCUUCAAGGUGGAAGCCUCUUCAGUCCGUGACUACUACACCUUUGUGUGGUGCACCCUGCCAGAUGGGGGAUCUUCUGGGGGAGCCCUUCUUCACUGCAGUGUCCAGUUCCAAGCUAGCUACCUGCCGAAGCCAGGCCCCCAGCAAUACCAGUUCCGCUAUGUGGAUCGCCAUGGUGAAGUUCGUGGUCAAAGCUCCCCUUUCCAGUUCAGUGAGCCACGGCCUAUGGAUGAGCUUGUCACCCUGGAGGAGGCGAGCGAUGAUGGUGGGGGCACAGACAUGCUCUUGGUGAUCCCCAAGGCCACUCUGCUAGAGACUCAGCUGGAGGCGAGCCGGCAGGAGCAAGGAGCCCUGCUGAGGGAGUCGUGCCGCCUGAAGGACGAGGUCCAGGAACUGAGAAGCCGUGUGGAGGAGCUUGAAGCCGUCCUCAGUUCACUGCGUGACGAACACACCAAGCUGGCCAGACAGUACAAGGAAUUAUCAAAUUCUUAUGAGGAAGUGUCCAAGCAGAAAGAGACCCUGAGCCUUCGAGAAACUGAGCACUUGGCCCGGAUCCGAGAACUAGAGGGCGAUAUCCAGGCAAUGGGUGAGAAGAUGCUGCAGAGGGAGACGGAACUUGACAGGGUGAAGGACACCAUCAAGUCUCUUCUGCAUGAACAAGAACAGAUUCACAAUCAGCUCAAAAAGGAAAAUGCUGAGAAGGAGCAGUACCAGGUGAAGCUGCAGGCCUCGGAGGAGGAGAGCCGCAGCUUGGCUUCUGACCUGCUGGAAGCCACGACCCUUCAUGGCGAGAGGGUCUCGCAGACUCUGCUGCUGAAGGAGGACAUCAACAAGUUGCAGCAGAAGCUAGCCGCUGCUAAUCGUCGCACUGUGCAGGUCUCUGAGAGCCACCGGGAGUUACGUGAGCUGCGGGCUGCUCUGCAGGUUGCCCAGAAGGAGAAGGAGCAUCUGCAGGCCGAAAAGCAGGAGUUGCUGACGUACAUAAGGCGUCUGGAGAAGGUAGGUGAUGAGAAAUGGAGUGAGUCGGUUCUAGAUGAUGAAGAGGACAUGGCACAGAAUGCUCGUGGCUCCCUGGACUCUCCACUCUCCGACUCUGAGGAUGAGUGCCCCGAGGACAUGCGCCUGCCUGCCCAGCUUGGCUCCUACAGCCUGUGUGACCGCCGAGCAGCUACUACCACACCGCCCUGUGCCCGCGAGCAGGCUCAUGCUGUGGUGAUCAGCCAACCUGCACCCAUUGCAGGUCAGAUCAAACAACCACCUGAGGACUCCAGUUCUGACUCGGAGGCAGAGGACGAGAAGGCUGUCCUGAUGGCAGCUGUGCAGAGCGGUGGCGAGGAAGCCAGUCUGCUCCUCCCAGAGCUGGGCAAUGGCUUCUACGAGGUGGCCAGUGGACUGACAGCGCGACAGAUGUCGGAAUCGGGGCCCUGCGGGAUGGGUGCAUCCCCCCUGGACCUGCCCUCGCCAUCUCUCUGGAAGGAGUGCCCCAUCUGCCACGAGCGCUUUCCACCCGAGAGUGACAAGGAAACCCUGGAUACGCAUGUUGACGGGCACUUCUUUUUUAACACUCAUGACCCCUUCCCCUUUGAGUGACUCCAUUUCCUCCCCCAUCCUGUUGUGUCCCCAUUGGCUUCCCCUCACCCUCUUCAAUGGGACCCAGGCUGUGUAUCUUCUCCCUUCCAUGGAGAGUCUUGUGAGAUGGAUACUGUGCCCCCGCUGAGCGGCAUCAGGUGCCAAGGGACAAGAAAGGAAGGGUGUCUUCUUCCUGGGGCUUUCUCCAAAGCAGUGUGGUCAGCCAGCUUGCACUGGGAGGCACAAAGUAAGUUACCGCAUGCACACACACACACACACACAGUCUCUCUCUAAAACAAAAUUGGGCAGAGAGCUCAGAAUUUUACUUGUAGGCUUCCUUUAACUUCUUGUACCUGUUUUAGGGAGUGCCUCUACACGGAGGACCUGUUCACACCAUUGGUUACCCUGCGACGUCAUGAGUUUGAAAAAGAGCUGGCAGUCCUGGGCAAGACCAAUGGGUUCUUGACUCUCCACUCAUUCAUCCUGGAGUAAGCUUUUAUAUAACGGUCAUGCAAACAGCAGCUACUUUUAUGGGUGAAGUUUACAGUUCAGUGGAGAAACACCGUGGCCCCAUCCAAGAGGGUGUAACUGAAAACACUCUGGGGUUCCACGUAUAUAGGAGUUUUAAACUUGAGAUAACUACAUCUUUGCACUGCCGUACUACAUACACUUGACUAACCAUUUCGUAGAAACGUGAUCAUCUUAUCAUCCUACAUAGCUUGCAUGGGGUUAGAGGAGAACGCCAAGAUUAACACAAGCAUCAAAUUACCAAUGGCCAUAUUUCAGUGCACAGGUAGUACAUAGCCUCAUGUGCGCCCACACAGAAACUUAUUUUGCAUUUCUCACUUGUAGACUUUUAAGAUACUCACACAUUUUACUGUUCCAGUGUAGAAUCACAACUCAAUCACAUUUAAAUCCAAGCAUUUAAGAAUUUGCAUUGAGAAGGAGGGUUAAACAGACAUUACCCUCAGUCCUUCUUGUGCUUCAGUCUACUCUUAGUAGAAGCCAUGACAAAGGGUGUCAUAGAAGAGGUGUAGAAAUGCGGUCAGGGAUGGCUUAAGGAGAUGGGGAAGAAGUACUUGAGGAGAGAGAGCCAAGGACAGGAGGGUCACCAGAUCUCACACUAUUGAAGUGCCACAUCAGCUGGGUCUCCCAUCUUUUUCCCUGGGGUUUUCCCACACAGAGCAAGCGUGCAUUGUUUCCUGUUGCUUCUGUGGCUGCCAAGACAGUGCAGAGGCAACAGGACUUCCACAGGGCAGGUUUCCCCAGAGUCUUCCUUCUCAGGUAUCCCAGCAGCGGCCAUCCCACCUCCCCCAGGUCAUCUUGGCUUUAUCAGUAUUUUCUUAAUCUGUGCAUGAAUAUUGUUAUAUCAGGUUCUCUUAACUCCCAGAUGUCAUUUUUCUUAAAAGUCUCGAGCCCCUUUCAUUGUAGAUAUAGAGCGUUUCCCUUUCCACCCCUGCAAUGAAAAGUGCUACUUUUCUUUUUUUUUUAAAACGAAGUUGGCAAUUCAUGAAACCUGUUGCACAUCUUAUACCAUCGUAUUGAUAUUACAAUAUUCAGUCGCUGGUUUAAAAGGCAAAGAACCACACACACACACACACCGGAGGCAGGAAGGAGAAACAGGUGCUGUGGGGAAGAUGACUGCUACGAGGACAAGAUGAGGGAAAUUGGACAUGGCCAGCCGUCCAGGCUUUAGUGCGAUGUGUCCUGAAACUUUGCAGCAAAGCAGGUUUGGGAAAGAUUGGGGGAAAGCCAGGGAAACCCUGGGAGGUGCAGAAAUAUACAACAUGCUAUGGAGAAGCAAGUAAAAAACCUGCCUCCCACCGGCAUAGGACCUGGGGCAAAUAACCUGUGUGGAAAUGGUCCCAGUUGGAAAACUACAGAGUAACUGCCAGCCCAUGAUCUCAUAUUCACGGUCACGUUGACUAGAAAACCCCAUUUCCCAGGUUCACUGAAAGGGUAGGAAAAUUCAUCCUUUAGCUGUAUCGAUGGUGAAUUUAAAAAGGGCAAAGGUGUGUUAACAAUUGAAUGGUGCGUAUGAAAUGAGAGCGGCCACGGAGGCAAGCAACAAGCACGCCCAGAUCGCUAAAGUUUUCCAUCGCCUUGGCACAGAUUUUAAGCUGCUUGCUUGCUGACCCUGAAAGGGGGGAGAUGGGAUAUGCCCUCACAAGGAGGGCACUCAGAACUAAGUAGGUUGAAUGCGCCCCUCCCUGCCUGAAAUGCUCCCUACAUGUUCAUGGCUAGGAUGUCAAGAAGAGUCUCAGGCACCCGGGCGAGCCCAGUCUCAUCAGAUCUCAGAAGCUAAACAGGGCCGACCCUGGCAAGUACUUGGA